UGCACCACAACGGGAACUCCCCUAAAAGAUUUUAAAUUGAGAUUUUAAGUUUGGAUUAUUGCUCUAAAAAGUUAACUCCAGCUGUCGAGUAGAGGAUGACUAGGAGGUUGAAGACUGGAAACGAGGAGACCGCAUAGGCGGCUAUGGAUAGAUCCAUUUGUCUUUCCCAUAUAUAUAUCAUAUUGUUUUUAGUACAGAAAGAAUGUAAGCAACAUUAAGAGAUCCAUGAAACCUUACUUUUUCAAGGGUUCUGGAAUUAGCUCAAUAAUCGUAUGCCACUUGAGUCUCAUCCAGACAGUGUAAUAAUAUAGAUUACGACUUCAAAUGUUUAAUUUAUAUACUUUCAGAGUACUUCAUUGUAAGGAAAAUGAGUCGUUCCAUGAAGACGUCAGUUACUGGUGUUCCAAAAUCAGAAAAUCCAGCCUUGGGAAAAGGUCCCAAAGUACCUUUGUCAAAUACUGUAAAGACAAAGGGAAAACAACAAAAUAAAGAUAUUUCAGCUUACAGGAUACAGAGAGCUUGGUUAUCUCAUCUGGACAAAACAAUGUUUCAACUACUUAAGCACACAAUUUGUGCAGCAGAACAUCACGUGACAUAUGAAAUUUUGAAGAAAGUGAGCCCCUUAGAGGCUGAACUUGUUAAAGAUCCUUGCAUGAAGUGUAAAGUUAGAUUCAGAUUCAGUGGUGAAAAAUUUCCACCUUUCAUCGUGUUUAAAAUUUUUCUUCAAACUGAAGGCCAUGGUUACAAGUAUUUCAGCGGAAAAAUAUUAAAGCCAUCAAGUGAGGCAGUGGUUGAUGUUUGCAAAAUAAUGGGGAAAAAGAAAUUUUAUCAUCAAAUUAUGGAAGAUGAACGUCUUUUCCAGAAGUUCAAAAUAACUGAUGAAAUAGAUAUUGUCACUCUGAAAGAUUACAUGCAGUAUUCCAGUCUUCUGGAUGAGACCCCUGCAUCUUCUGGUGGCAGAAAUAACUAUUGGCGAAGAUUAAACCUCGAAAACAUUCCCAGGACAAUGAUAAUGUAUGACAUAGUUGAUUACGCGGAGACUGGAAUAAUCUCAAACCGUCUGAAAAAAGAAAUGAAGUAUCUAUUGCAAAGAACGAAAACGGAAGAGAUUCAUCAGCGCCAGCUACAGAUUGUUUCUGAAGUUAGGCGCCCUUCAUGCUUCUCAAGUCUUCACCCUUUGUAUCGACCCUACCAACAGCAAAGUCAAAUUAAACAUCUGGGUCGUCGAUCCAAGCAAGCUCAAAUGAAAGUUGAAAAAAUGAAAAAAGCUUAUAAGAUGGCUAAAGAAAAAGAUGCUUCUGCAGGAACUGAACCGCAAAAGGACAUACCGGGCCCAAAGCAAAAACAGUCAAUCAUCCUCUCCACCCCAUCUUUUGACAUUGUGAAAGUUAGUGAACUGAUGUCAGAUGACGAAUUGGAAAAAGAGGAAAAGGAAUUAUUUGCCUGGUGUCAAGAGUUGUAUGUUAAUAAUUCUCCAUCAAGUUAAUGCACAACUAAUUGACAGGAAACCAAGUUAUUCAACAAUCUGCUUGUCUUUCCAUAAAUGAUGAGUAUGUGCAUAAAGGAACAGAAAAUACAAACGAGCCCUCAGUAUGCUCUCUUAACCAAAUGUGAGACAGAUUUUAAAGCCUUUUUAUAUUUCCAUAGGUACAAAUAUUUUUUACUGACAGAAUUUUAAUCUAAAUAAAUAAUUUCAGCUAGAUGCCCUCAACCUAGCUAUAUACGGCUUUGUUCAAGAAAUAAUGAGUAUUGAGUCCCUGGAAUUUUAUUCAAUUUUUAUUUUCCUUCAUUAAGAAAAAAUAUCUGAACAGGCCGUGCUUAGCAUAAAUAUUAGAAUUCACAGAAUAAAAAGC